CCCUUCCGUGUCAUGGCAGCGCCCAACGACCAGUCGUUUGGGCAGUUUAGUCCCUCUAAUCCGUUUGACCCUCCUUCUUCUUCAUCCAACAUGUCCUCUCCCAGUCAGCCAGCCUCUCCUAACAGUAGUGCCUUGCUCCUGAACCCGUUCUCUGGUGGCAGCACAAAUUCAAAGCAAGCAGGAGGGAAAGGUUCCAUGGUUCUCUAUCGUUUCACCUCAGAAAACGAAUUGUCGAGCAGAAGCAACAGAUUUUCUGCCAACUCUGCCUACUCCGACACAGGUUCUCUUCUUGCGAGAGUCGACGACAAGUAUCCUGCAUUCUCGUCAACCCCAACCACUCCUACUCUCUCUCGCAAUAAUUCUUCCAAUCGUCUACCCCAUGCUGCUCUCUUCGCCUCUUCAUCUUCCACAAUAAGCAACUCCCCCUUACCUUCAUCCAAUCCUCCACGAGGUCUUGUUCCCUAUGAAUAUGACCCUGUCGCUGAUUCCAUGCUCAAUGACGAAGAAGACGUCUUGCACGACCCCAAGGCAUCACCCGAGCAAGAAAAGCGACUAUACUCCAGCGCUUCUGGUGUGAGUUGGAGAGGAGUAUGGAACGUCGGAAUGCUCGUCCUUCUUGUCGCCGGCUUACUGUCUCUCUUCCUGCUUUAUCCCAUAAUCUUAGAAGUCAGAGAUGCUACCAGGAAAGCUCUUAUCGGUGACAACAUUCGGGUAAACGCAACCGGUCAAAUUCCUUCACUCAAUGCCGUACGCGACCUGGUCGACCGAGACACUCCUGAAUCAGCCAAGACUCGCAAAGGCUUCGAUGGUGAGGACUACGUCCUCGUCUUUUCUGACGAAUUCGAACAACCUGGUCGGACCUUCUAUCCGGGGGAUGACCCUUAUUUCGAGGCGAUGGACCUUUGGUAUGGUGUCACGGCUGAUCUAGAAUGGUAUGACCCUCAGCAAGUGACGACGAGAGAUGGUGCAUUGGUCAUUACGAUGGACUCUGCGGACUGGAAAACUGCUGGAUCGACACCAGGAUCGACGGCCCCCUUUACGCCUGCGGAAAACCAUAAUCUUACGUAUAGAAGUGGCAUGUUGCAGACAUGGAACAAGCUGUGUUUUACAAGUGGAUAUAUUGAGGUCUCUGUCAUCUUGCCCGGUAAGGAUGGUCAAGCGCAAGGAUACUGGCCUGGUGCCUGGACAAUGGGUAAUUUAGGAAGAGCUGGAUACAGGGCUACUACAGACGCGAUGUGGCCAUAUUCUUACGAUGAAUGUGAUGUCGGAACGUUCAUCAAUCAGACAGAGAAGGGAAACACAGGACCCCCAGCAGCUGUCUACACAGAUAAGGGUUGGACAGAAUACGACAAACGGCUUAGCGUGUUGAAUGGUCAAAGGUUGAGUGCAUGCACAUGUCCUAAUUCCGACCAUCCCGGACCCUGGGCAAAGAUUGACGGAACGGAACGUUACAGAGGACGGGGUGCUCCCGAAAUCGAUAUCAUCGAAGUACAGAAAGACCAGAAAGUAGAUGAAAUCACCGGUGAAAUUGCACUCGGUAACGUAGCGAGUCAGAGUUCUCAGUUUGCGCCGUUCACGCACGACUAUAAUAUCGAUGAUGUUGCGGAGGCCAACUUCAAGAUCUACAACGCUUCACGGACAUAUGGCAACCCAUAUCAUGGAUCGCCUUUGCAGCAGGCCGUUUCUGCAUUGACCAAGGUCCCUGCGGAUGGUUUCCAGGGUAUACCAAACAGAAGGUUUGUUACGUAUGGCUUUGAAUACUGGGGAAACCCAGACGACCGAUCCAACUCAUUCGUCACGUUCCAAGUCGACGGACAACCCUCUUAUCGAAUGGGAUAUGGUGCUGUCGGUCCUGAUAAAGGCGAGGGUGGAAGUCAGGUUGGGCAGAGAAUUGUCCCGGAGGAACCGAUGUAUAUACUUUUGAAUAUGGGCAUAAGUCCAAACUGGCAAAAUAUCAACCUGGAAACACUGUUGUUCCCAGCUGAGAUGUUGUUUGACUACGUUCGAAUCUAUCAACGCAAGGGUCAUGUCAAUGUAGGAUGUAAUCCGAAAGACUACCCGACUGCGGAUUAUAUCAGUAGGCACCUGGAUCAAUAUACAGCCAUCAACGCAACAAAAUGGACAGGAGGAAGCCCGCGCAACCGGUUGUAUGAUGGAUGUUGAUGAACGUUAUUGGGUCCCUCAUCGCCUAUCUCCUCAACCAAAGUUCGACUCUUGGCCCGCUUAACGCGCUGAUCUUUGUUUGUUUUUUUUUGUACAAACAUUCACAUUCAUUCUUCUUUCCUCUACAUCACACUGCUUGCUUCCUUUUGUUUUGUCCGAAAAAUGUCGAUCAUUUUUUGUAUCUAAACCCCCUCCCGCCCAUCUCCCCCCCUCCCCCUCAUGCCAAUGCCAUGGCACAUAUAUUAUACUACUACCCGCGCAUUUUACUUGGUUGCUUUGCUUCCAAUCUCUCUAAUCUAUUCAUGGCUAUCGUUAUCUAGAUUUCUUGCCGCUCUUUUCGAAUCGUCCGCUCUUUUUGACUUACGGGCCUUUAAGGCUGAAUACCAUGUUAUUAAAUAGAUUGGCUUUCACCUCCU